AUGGCAACCCCCGAACGUCCAAAAAUCGGCGUAGGCGUCAUCAUCCACGACUCAGCCGGGAACAUCAUCAUGGGCGAGCGCGCGGGCAGCCACGGCGCUGGCACAAUGCAGUGUCCCGGCGGCCAUCUCGAGUACGGCGAGUCCUUCGCGGAGACGGCGGCGCGCGAAGUGCUCGAGGAAACGGGUCUUGAAGUGGGGAACAUUACAUUUCUGACUGCGACGAAUGAUGUGUUUGGCGAGGGGAAGCAUUAUGUGACGGUUUAUGUGACGUGUGUUAUUACGGGGGAGGAGAGGGUGCCGAGGCCGAUGGAACCGCACAAGUGCGCGAAGUGGGAGUGGGUGCCGUGGAGUCAGAUGUGGGCGUGGGCGGGGGAGCAGGCGAGGGCGGAGGAUGAGGGGAGGGAGGUGCAGAAGAAGAUGUUUUUGCCGUUGGUUAAUCUGUGGAGGACGUAUCCUGAGUUGGAGAACUGUUUGGUGGGGAGGUAA